AUGUCACGGUCAUUGGAGACCCCGUUGCGGAGCCCAUCCCAUCGCCACGCCGGUGGUCACCCACGUAUCAACCUCGUCGCAGAACAAGCAGACAUUAUCCGACAUCAUUGUCUUUCGUUCCAGCUCCAACAUUGCCUCGACCAGAGCUUCAUGACCACCAUUCGAUGUCUCUGCCCCGUCGACCUGCGGAUCGAGGACCAUCCUGCAUCUCGCCCUUUCGAUCAGUCCGCAGAAUGA